ACGAUGUUGUGUGUGUGACUUCCAGUUGAUGUCUAAGGGUUCAGAGCCUGGCUCGUACCCAUGCACCCCCACCGCCAUCCUGCCCCGAUCCGCUUACUGGCAUCACAUCACUGGAAACCAGAGCGGCAUGGACCCCGGCAGCGGUGAUGCCGCAGAAGACGACCUGCUGUCCACCCGCCUGCCUCCUGACCGCCACGCCACACUGCCCCUGGCAAACACACAUGCACAGUCCCAGCCGCACAUACACACACACUCCCCGACACACUACCCCACUUACCCUGGACAGUGACACAGACACACACAGAGAACAAGACAAAGACGUUGAAAAAAUACACAAACACACACUUAACCACAUGCAUGGAGGC